UUGUGGAUCACAUUACCAUCAGUAAACGAAAGUGCUUAAUGCAAUCUGAAACAUUAAUCUAAUCCUCAGCAAAACACCAUGCAGCAGAGUGAUAUUACUGGGCUCAAUAUCACGAUCUAGUGACUGGCCCUGGCAAAAAACCAGAUGACAGGGGGACAUGCUGCAGGCACUGAUGAUGGGAACCCGUUGCUGCCAGUGCUGAUGAGAGUUGGACCCACUACCAAAGUGAUUAUUGCAAUAAUCUUCUUGCUGGUUUUUCCAAAAAGAGACUCUCACCAUAUCAAUCCAUUCUGAAUGCAGCUUCUUUGCUAGACAUUCAUCGUCUGUGCAUCCUCUCUGAACUCUUUACAUGUGAAAGAAUCUGCAAUGCCUCUAAUUCAGAGUCUUGAUUCCUGCUUGUGAUACUGACUGUGUCAGUAACUACCAUUCUCCCACCGGCCAUACCCAUGACAAACAAAAAGUCCACCAUGUUUCUUACAACAGAACACUAAAGCAACUGAGCAACUGACUCCGUAACGUCAGCUUCACACAACAAGUUCCAUUUAGGUCCAACUGCCUGUCUGCACCAAUCAUAAUUUGCACAUUUUGACAGACUCACAGGACAGAAUGUUAAGCUCUUUGAAGUGUCUGUUCUCUAAGCUGCUGAUUAUCUCUGGAUGUUUUGCAUUUUACAAUGCAACAUCAACCAACAAGACAUUUCCAUGUUCAAUUCAAGAAUAUAACAACUCUAUUGUUUUUGACUGCACUGCACGCAGUCUGAGAAUAGUUCCUUAUCCGAUCACCUAUGUGUCAAGCAAUGUAGAGCUUCUUUUAAAUCAAAACCUCAUACAAAGCAUAUAUAACCCCUCUUUUCAGCAUUGGCAGAAUCUUACAAAAAUAGAUUUAAGCAUGAAUCAUUAUCCAAAAUCAAAGCUUGACAACCCAAUUAUAUGCAAAAGAGGUCUAGAGAUAAACAAUGAAACAUUUUCAAAUUUAACAAAACUGGAACAAUUAAUUAUUGAUCACAAUUUUCUAUGUGAAAUCCCUUCUGGAUUGCCAGAUACUGUAACAUUAUUAAGUUUUCAGUAUAACAACAUUCUCUCAAUCACCAAGAAAAGUGUCUCCCGAUUCAAGAAUCUAUGUGAACUGUAUCUGGGGAAUAACUGUUACUAUGGUAAUAAUUGUAAUGGUACUUUUGAUAUUGAAAAUGGAACAUUUAGUAAUCUCACAGAAUUAACGGUGCUUGACCUCUCAUUUAACAAUUUAACCAAGGUGCCUCCUGAACUUCCACCAUCACUGCGGAAACUUUACUUAAGCAGUAACAAGAUACAAAUCAUUUACAGAGAUGACUUUAAAUAUCUAGUAAACUUAGAAAUUCUUUUUCUGAGUGGAAAUUGUCCAAGGUGUUACAAUGCUCCAUAUCCAUGUGAGCCCUGCACCGGAAAAUCUUCUUCAAUUGAAAUAGAUGAUUACGCUUUUCAGAAUCUCAAAAACUUGACUAUGCUUCAUCUAGGAAGCACAUCGCUGAGCUUCAUACCAAAAACAUGGUUUCAAAACACAACUCAGUUGAAAGUACUGAACCUUCAAUUAAACUACUUAGUGGAUGCAAUUGCAACAGGAGAAUUUUUAUCUUAUUUACCUUUCUUAGAAAAACUUGACUUGUCUUUUAAUUACAAGUUCAGAUCAUAUCCAAACAAUAUUAACAUUUCUGACAAUUUCUCUAAAUUAGUAUCCCUUAGGGAGUUGCAUAUACAAGGCUAUGUCUUCAAAGAAAUUACAUCUGAAAAUGUGGCCCCUCUAACAAAGUUAAACAAAUUAAAGAUUUUGAACUUUGGAGUGAAUUUUAUUAGGCAAGUUGAUUUUAAAGUAUUUCAGAAAUUUGCAAGUUUAGACAUAAUUGAUUUGUCUGAAAAUAGAAUAACACCAUUCUCAGAGACCACCAACAGAAGUAAAACAUUGGAAGCAUUUUACAACAAGCAAUCAAAAUCAAUAGAGUCUCAUUUUUCAUCUAAUAUUUUAGACAAUGCUAAAGUUUCUCCAAAAAACAUUGUCUCAUUCAAUAAACUUGUGAAACCAGAGUGUAGUGCAUAUGGCAAAUCAUUAGGUCUCAACUCAAAUAGUAUUUUUUUCAUUGAUCCAGAAGAAUUCCGUCCGUUUUCAGAUGUAGCUUGCUUAAAUUUGUCUUCCAAUGGCAUUGGACAGGAUUUAAAUGGAACAGAAUUUAUCUAUCUGCCAAACCUAGCAUAUUUAGAUUUGUCAUUCAAUAAAUUAGAUUUUGCUUCCUUAUAUGCGUUUCAGGAACUGAAAAACUUAACGGUCUUGGAUGUCAGUUUUAACAAGCAUUAUUUUAUAGUAGAAGGAGUUACUCAUCAUCUCAAGUUCAUUGAAAAUCUUCACAAACUUUCUAUUUUAAACUUAAGCUAUAAUGACAUCUCUACUCUAACAGAGUAUCAAAUUAAUAGCAAUUCUUUGACAGAGUUAAGGUUUGCAGGAAACCAUUUGGAUAUUUUGUGGAGAUAUGGUGACAGGCGCUACAUAGAUCUUUUUAAAAACAUUACCAACCUGACACUGCUUGACAUCUCUCACAACAGGCUUCAAACAAUACCUGAUGAUGCAAUUAGUAACCUGUCCAAAUGUCUUUCUGAGUUGUAUCUAAGCAAUAAUGGAUUAGAGUUUUUUGGGUGGAACAAUUUGAAACAUUUAAAAAAUCUAAAGGUUCUUGACCUGAGUCACAAUAAAAUAACAAUGAUAGGACAUUUGAGCAAUUACACAGAAUCAUUGGAGACACUUAUAAUUAGUCACAACAUGAUUCAAACUUUGACAGAAGGAUUUCUUACUAGUGUAAGCAGUCUUACCAACCUUGAUUUAAGCUACAACAAUAUUCAGAGUAUAAAUAAAUCAAUAUUUUUGUCUGGGAAUGAAAACUAUUUGGAUGUUUUAAGCCUGAAAGGAAACCCAUUUGAAUGCACAUGUGAUAUCAUUGACUUUAUACAGUGGAUUAAUAACAAUAAUGUCACAAUUCCACGGCUGGCUACUGAUGUCACUUGUGCCACUCCAGAUAACUGGAAGAAGAGAGGAAUCAUUGAUUUUGACAUACAUGCUUGUAAUUUGGACAUGAUUGCCCUGUUGUUGUUCCUGAUGUUCCUAUUUCUCAUUAUUCCUAUGACAGCAUUGCCAAUUAUGAAACAUUUGUUUUACUGGGAUGUAUGGUAUAUAUACCACUGGUUUAUGGCAAAGCUGAAAUAUAACAAAGUCUGUCAUUCUGAAAGUCUCUAUGAUGCAUUUAUCACGUACGAUGAGACAGACCCAGCAGUCACUGACUGGGUUUAUAAUGAACUAUGUUACCAGGUGGAGGUCAAAGGAGAAAAACGCAUACUUCUCUGCUUAGAAGAACGAGACUGGGAGCCGGGAAAAGCUGUUAUUGAUAAUAUCGUCCAAAGCAUUAACCAAAGCAAAAAAACUUUAUUUAUUCUUACUAAAAAAUAUGUAAAAAGUGGAAAAUUCAGAACAAUAUUUUAUCUGGCCAUGCAAAAACUGAUGGAUGAGAAUAUGGACGUGAUUGUCAUUGUACUACUGCAGCCUGUUCUUCAGCAUUCUCAGUAUCUGAGACUCAGGAAAAAAAUUUGCAAGAGUUCCAUCUUGGAGUGGCCAAAAAAUCCCCAUGGGGAAUACUUAUUCUGGCAAAGAAUGAAACAUGUUUUACUGACAGAAAAUGUUAGCCGAUACAAUAAGAUGUACACCGAUUCUAUUGCUAUGCAUAAAUAAAAUAUUACAAUUUUACUGGGCGACCACA